GGGUAGCGAAGUGGCCUUCUCCACUCGCACAGAAAAGUCAACUCACGAUUUUGUUGUGCUCUUCGGUAGGCAGCCAAAUUUACUGAAGAUGGAUGUGAUGCAGCGACAGUCGGUUAUUUCUGAGCAUGGUGGACCGAAGCAGUGUUACUUCAGUCCUUACUCGGACAACGGAGGGAGUAUUGUCGCCAUUGCGGGUGAAGACUUCGUCGUGAUUGCCUCGGACAGUCGCCUCAGUGCCGGUUACUCCAUCUACACGAGGGACCAGUCGAAACUGUUCAAGCUGUCGGACAAGUGCAUCCUUGGUUCGAGCGGGUGCUGGUGUGACAUCCUGACGUUCACCAGGUUCCUGGAAGCACGGAUGAAGAUGUACCUUCACGAGCACCACAAGCCCAUGAGCACUCCAGCCGUGGCCCAGCUCAUUGUCACAAUGCUCUACCACAAGAGGUUCUUCCCUUACUACAUCUCCAACAUCCUAGCAGGCCUUGAUGAGGAAGGCAAGGGCUGCAUCUACAGCUACGAUCCAGUCGGCCACUGCGAGAGGGUCCAGUAUCGAUCUGGAGGCUCGGGCAGUGCUCUCCUUCAGCCGCUCCUGGACAGCCAGAUCGGCUUCAAGAACCAGGUGGGAGCCGUGGCUGUACCCCCCACGCGGGAGCGUGCCAUCAGCAUCAUCAAGGACGUGUUCAUCUCGGCCGCUGAGAGGGACAUAUACACGGGAGACUCGGUCAUUGUGAACAUCAUUGACAAGGACGGCGUGCACGAGGAACGCUUCCCCCUGCGCAGAGAUUAGCCCUCCCAGCUGCCCCUCAUGUCCCACGCCGACAAACGGGAUCACGCUCUAUCAAUAAAUGGUUUCACACUUUGUA